CAAUAAGAUGCACCACCGCUUGUUGUCAUUCCACAGAGGAGUUUACACCCAGGCUCACGGUUUGCAACAAAGUACUGAAGUGUCCUGUAUAUGGCACGUAUCAGCAACACUUUAACGUGUACCAGGCGGACGUUCAUUGUUUGGUUGUAGGCGACGUCAACGAUCGCGAGCGACUUUACUGUGUCGCAGCUAACGUAAAGCUAGCUAGAAUGCUAACAUGAUGUUCAACCCAUCAGCCGGGUUGCCAGAUGACGGAAAAUCAAUGUACAACCAGUCACAACAAAGCGUGUACAAAACGAGCGAUAAAACCAGCCCUAUAAGCGUCAUACUGGUUAGCUCUGGCAGCAGAGGGAACAAACUUCUUUUUCGAUACCCCUUCCAACGAGUGGCUGAAUGUCCGUCUGCUUUAACAGCAAAACAGCGAAGUCCAUAUGCUCUGAACACCAAUGGAGAGGGACUUGAAGAUCAAGAUGGUGAUUCAAGAGAACAAUCUCCACUAACUGAUGAACAGUUGGUAGCAGGGUUCUCGGACAUCAUCCUGGCCACCAUCCUGGCCACCAAAUCUGAUAUGUGUGGGAAGAAGUUUGAACUGAAGAUUGACAAUGUUCAAUUUGUGGGUCACCCUACACUCCUUCAGCAUCCACCCAUCAUUCAGGUUUCAAAGACAGAUCCUUCCCCAAAGAGGGAAAUGCCAACGAUGAUCUUGUUCAAUGUGGUGUUUGCUCUAAGGUCAAAUGCUGAUCCAUCUGUCAUCAGCUGCAUGCAUAAUUUGUCCCGCCGCAUCGCCAUUGCUCUGCAGCAUGAGGAGCGACGGUGCCAGUACUUGACCAGAGAGGCCAAACUGAUGCUGGCGGUCCAGGAUGAGAUAACCACCAUGACUGAAACGGAUGGAAGCCCCCAAUCCCCAUUUAGACAAAUUCUUCCUAAAUGUAAGCUCGCCCGAGAUCUGAAGGAGGCUUACGACAGUCUUUGUACAACUGGUUUGGUGCGACUGCACAUUAACAACUGGCUGGAGGUGAGCUUCUGUCUACCUCACAAGAUCCAUGUGAUCGGUGGAACCCAUAUCCCCCCGGAGGCAUUAGAGCACAGCCUGAAGGCUAUAAGACCUUAUCAUACCCUGCUGCUGUUGGAAAGUGAGAAGGCACUGCUUAGCCAGCUUCCUGUAGACUGUUCACCUGCGAUGGUUCGCCUUAUCAAAACCUGCUCAGCAGUUAAAAACCUUCAGCAGCUUGCUCAGGAUGCUGACCUGGCCUUACUACAGAUCUUUCAAAUUGCUGCUCAUUUGGUGUACUGGGGCAAAGCGAUCAUCAUCUACCCUCUGUGUGAGAACAACGUCUACAUGCUGUCUCCUCAUGCCAACAUCUGCCUAUAUUCACCAUUGGCUGAGCAGUUUGCCCUGCAGUUUCCUGGCCAUGAUCUGCCUUCCAUGUUAGCCAAGUUCUCACUGCCUGUCUCACUGGCCGAGUUCAGAAACCCCCUGGAAGCUCCUGCACAGGAGGCCCAGCUCAUCCAGAUGGUGGUGUGGAUGCUCCAGCGCCGUCUGCUGAUCCAGCUGCAUACUUAUGUCUGCCUGUUGGUACCACCCAGCGAGGAUGAGCCAGGCCUGAGGGAUGAAGACCCACCGCUUGCCGCAAGAGUUGGAGGUCGUAGUCUCAGUACCCCAAGCGCUCUCAGCUUCGGUUCCCCGACUAGCAGUGAUGACAUGACCCUCACCAGUCCUAGUAUGGACAAUUCCAGUGCAGAGUUACUACCAGGUGGGGACUCGCCACUAAACAAGAGGAUGACCGAGACACUGCUAGCAAGCCUGUCAGAGCACGAGAGGCAGGUUAUUCUGAACAUCCCUGCUGCACAAAAUCAAGAGGAUCUGCGGAUGUUUGCCAGACUGCUUCACUAUUUUCGUGGACACCACCACCUGGAAGAGAUUAUGUACAACGAGAACAUGAGGCGCUCGCAGCUCAAGACGCUGUUUGACAAGUUCCGCAGUGUCCUUGUGGUGACCAACCAUGAGGAUCCCAUUAUUUCAAUCUUUCAGUCACCCAUGGACUAAUGGCGCAGCGACAGAGACGGUAUCAGCUCCCACCAACAGGAAAGGUUGUUCAAAAGCAGUUAACCUGCUGUUUAACGGUUGAGUGCUGUUAGUCAACAGCACUCCUCAAUAUGAAGAGACACAAUUUUCAUUGUGUGCAAAUUUAAGUAGAAAAUAAUUCUUUUAUGAGCCUUUAUUUGUUUACAAUGUUAAAUUAUUUUGUACAUUAAAAAUGCCUGAAUUGUUUAUUAAACUUGAAAGAUUUGUGUUU